AAUUUGAUUACACUUGAUAUAAAGUAUUUUUAUAGAAUCGAGAAAAUUCUUGAUGAGCUCCUUGGAAUUCAAAAUCGAGAUUAGCGAGGAUUUCUUUUCAUCUCAAGGAUCCGAGUUGUUUUAAUUCGGUCCUGCCAACCCCCACCGCGUGAUCUGCCCCUUCCCAUCCCAUCGCGACAAAUCUGUUAGGAGAUUUCCACCUUCAUCCUCGCCCACCUCAUGGCAAUGAAUUUGAACGGGACGCAGAUUCCCGCAGACGGAGUGAGAACGACGACGUUGGGCAUACGCCAGGAAGUCCGCGUCGACUCCUACGAGAAAGAGAAAGAAAACAGGAGAGCAAGGGUGGUAUGAGUUUCCCUGCUUGUUGUCACUGUCGCGGCUCCAGACGCUCGUGUCUCCAGCCUCGUGCUCGGUGGGUGAGAUUAAUUUCUCGUACCUUCGGUCUCGGAAGAGACCGAACAUCCCUUUCAACGUUAUCCCUUUCUCGUUAAUGGAACCGAUUCGGUCGAUCAGACGUUGUUCACCGCGACAAUCGAUCGCAAUAGUGCUUCGAGUACGAGAGCUCAGGUGCGCAUCCUGCGAGUGUACGACCACCCUUGUCCUGUCGACGAUUCGCUCUGUUCACCCGGGUGACCCCGACGGUACUUCUGGGAGUGUCUCGAGUGUCAGGUGCGGGAUCCUACCCUUCAGGACGAGUCGCGACACGUCGGAACUGACAAAACGCGCAUUCAAGACAGGUUGUUCGCGCGCGAUGAUAGGAUCUACCCCACUAUCCUGCACGUUGCCCUAGCCGCACAUUCCGCCACCCUCCCUCGGUCCUCCUCGCCGUCGCAGUUCAAUUUCCCCCACUUUGCGUGCACCCCGCCUUUUUUUCUUCUUUCCCCUUCUGUCUCUCUCUCUCUCCUCUCUCUCUUUCUUUCUUUCUACUCUCUUCUCACCCCUGGCUGUUUGCCAUCGGGAAAACCCCCUACGUCUGCUUCCUGCGCGCUAUUUCUCGCUGAGAGCGGGACAGUUUUCGUACGACGCGCUCUUUCGUCGAAUCGUCGAGAGAGAAAGAGAGAAAGAGAGAAUGAGAGAGAGAGAGAGGGUGGGGAAGGUAGAAGGAAAGAGAAGGAGAUAGGAACGCACAUGAAUUGCGGUGCAAUCUGCUGCAACGGUGUAUAACAGCGAAGCUGAAAGUGCAACCGAACGAUGGAAUUAAAGAGGCGCGAUUCGCCACGGUCGACCGCCUCGGGAAUUUCUCCUCGUGGAAGCAGUUGAGCGAAGUGCCAACGAUUUCCCGUCCAUUCCGAUUGCUUUCCCUCAAAGAGGGAGGGAAAGAGAAAGAUAACAUCCCGCGAGUGCAACGAGCUAAUCCGCGAUAACGGAGAACAAUUUCUCCCAGAGGGAUUCUCCCCCGGCGUCUUUCUCGCGGUAUCAGUGUCGAACGUGAAUUGUGCAGGACGUCACGAUCGCACCAGCGGAUGCGACUUCUCAAAGCGGCUUUAUCUCUCGUGCGAUAGUGGCAAGUCGAUCGCUCUGGUCGAAGGGUCCGUCUCCCGCCCGUGGCAGGCGAGGCUUCACAUGUAAAUGGAAUCUCUCCCGUCGGGACGACCGGGAUACGGGAAUUCCUCGAUAAAGAGGUCGCGAAAAGCACGCUGUGAAUAUAAAUGCCGCACUCGCACUUUGUGAAUCGGAACCUGCCGCUGGAUGUCCCUAUUCCCCGAGAUGCAGCCUCCCGUUACGCAUGUAGAUGCAGCCGCCUCGCAGGCGCAUCGAGGAGCACGAUUGCAUAUGCGAUAAACGAAACGGAGGUUCCCCAAGUGCGGAAGAGUCAGAAUGACGUCACGUAUGGUUGUUAUCGCGAGCGGGAAUAAAUCACUGAUAAUUACCGGCGUGUCGGGGCAAUAAAUUAUAUCAAGGCGGAAAAGCGAAAGGGAGAGGUUGAUAAUGUCGGAGAUGUCGAAAGAGGAGGUCGAUUGAGUCGAGAGCGACUAUCUGUAUGUCGAGGAUGCCGCUUGAUGAACAAUACCGCCGUCUCGUCGACGAAGAUCGAAUCGGAUCGCCGAGAAAUAAGCUCAAGAGACUGAAGAUGACGGCGGCCGAACGAGAACCCGUAAACGACUCGCUGCUUUUAAACUAAGAAAACGCGCUCGUCGUCGCGCCGACACCAUGGGGAAUGGCAUGAACAAGGUGCUUCCUGGUCUUUACAUAGGUAAUUAUCAGGACAGCAAGGAUGCCGAUCAGUUGGAGCGUUUCGAAAUCACGCAUAUCCUGGCUAUUCACGAUACGGCACGCCGUUUACAUUCCGAUAAGCAUUAUCUAUGCAUCUUGGCCGCCGACAGUCCCGAUCAGAACUUAUCGCAAUAUUUCUCUUUAUGCAACGACUUCAUUCAUGCCGCCCGUCUUCGUGGCGGAAACGUUUUGAUCCAUUGUCUGGCAGGAAUGUCGAGAAGCGUGACGGUAGCGGUGGCCUACAUCAUGAGUAUCACAAAUCUGUCGUGGAAAGAAGCGCUCAAAGUCGUUAAAGUCGGCCGUUCCAUUGCAAAUCCGAAUGUUGGUUUUCAGCAGCAGCUCAAGGACUUCGAAUCUAGUCGUUUGCAGGAUGUAAGUGAUCACAGGGCUGUCUCGAGGGUGGACCUUUCGGCGGCGGUCGCCUGUAGCAGCAGCAACGCUAAUCUCUCCACCGUGGGCAGGUCGAGCGCAUUUUCCACCAGCAAUUGGCGAUUGACCGCGGGUUCUGCGCCAAACACACCGAGGCCGACUCCACCGGUUUCGCCACAACGCUGGCCGAGGCGGUUUUCGAAUCGACAGACGCCGCAAUUGCCGGUACCACCGGAGUCUCACCCUUCGACGAUGACGUAGCACCGGGAGUCGCGCGGUUCUCUGUCGAGCCUGGUGGAAUAACAAAGCAAAAAGGAGAUCGACGAGCCGCUGGAUGAUCUUAUCGCCAGUAUUAUACGUAUAUACGUUCUUCACCGUCGGCGGGACAAAUUACGAAUUUGCGAUCGUUUCUCGACGUUGGACGCGAUCGUUCGGAUAAACUGUCUUCACGGAAGGAAACUAAAAGAGAAAGGAAAGGUUUCGAUGAAGGUAUCUCUCUAUGAAUUACAUAAAGACGUGCCUGUUUUUUGCAUUUGAGAUAUUUGGGGUAUAUUUAGAGGAACAUUUUACGAGGAAGUUCGAGAGACUCUCACAGGGGUAAAUAAUAAUUAUCUGUGCUCUAGCAAAAUGGCACACGUCGGCUCGAUUCAAACGCGUCGGGCUGGAAAAUGCUGAUACAUCGAAUGCGCGUAACGCACGUUGCUGGGAAUUGUUGGUAAUGUUGACUUAUACAAAGUUGUUACAAGUUUUGUUGCUUAUACUCAGCGAGAAAGUGCUUUUAUCGCGGACGGGAUGGGAAACGACGAGAUUCUCUUUGUACGCAACGGGGGAAACUUCGCGUUUUAAGAGUGAGUUAAUUUCGCGUCCUAACGAUUAGACCUUCCCGAUUAGACCGUCCUGAUUAGAUUCUCUCGCGGAGAAAUACGAGAGGAGCGACGUCGAUGGAUACUGACAAUCUGUCAUUUAAAUAAAUCACCACGAAAAGGUUCGAGUAGUUGAAUUGAUACGGCCGCGUAAUGGAUCGAUCUGCGAGAUGAAGUAGUAAAUUGGAAAGAUUGACACAUUCGGGACGUGGAAUUAAUCCUUUGGGGCUUUAUCAGUUACAACGAUAAUUGCGUGCAAUUAAGUGCGACCGGUUAUUUCGCGCUUUUACGGCGCCUUUCAAUCCCGCUAAUAACGCGCUCGUUAACGAUCCCCGCGUAUAAUUUUUCUCCGGGAGAUAAUGCGCGUAUCGUUAAACCAACUAAUUAUUGGUUGUGAAAAAGAACGUUGCUCAAAGCGGCAAUUAUGCAAUAUGUACAACAACGUUCCCAAAGGAUUAAUAAAAGGUA